CUCAAACUCUUAAUGCUUCAUCAAAUGUUUUAUUUGUGAUUUUUAAAGCUUCUUUUGACGAGACAUAAUUUUAGUUUUGAGUGUCUCAAAAAAACAAUUGUAUCAUGCUGGUUUUAUUUUGUGCAGGAAAGGCAAAGGCUGUUCUGACCAUAUACCCCACAUCCUCCCAGAUAUUCAGUGGAGAGUCUGUCACUCUCAGAUGUAACAUACAGAGGGGAGAAGUCACUGACUGGAAAUACACAUGGAGCAAGGAUGAUGUAGACUCAAUCAGUAGGAAGCAUGAAUAUGAGAUCAGAGAGGUUAAGAUUUCAGACAAUGUUGGCUACAGGUAUCUGGGUACACAUAUUGACAAUGGGGACGACAGGUGUCUGGGUAAACAUAUUGAUCAGAAGAAGCAUUCUGAGUGGAGUGAUGCAGUCAGACUGACAGUAACAGUUCUCACAGCCCUGCCCAAAGGUAAACUGACCAUAACACCAAACCCUGCAUACACUGGAGAGACAGUAACUCUGACGUGUUCAGUGGGGUCUGACAGUGGCUGGAGCUAUACAUGGUACAAAGACAACGCUAAGAAAGUAGUGACCUUAUCUAGCAGACACACCACAACAGGAGUCACCUUCACCAUAAAAAGAGCUGCUGAGUCUGACCAGGGUCUCUACUGGUGUCAGGGAGAGAUCCAGUCCAAAUUCAUAUCAUCAAUCAUCAGUGAUCCUGUCACUAUCACUGUGAAAGGCCUGGUGUUCAACAGCCAAUAUCUUCAAUACGAGUUACCAUCUGAUGAUGUCAUUGAACAGACUGAAUCAUCCAUGUGA